UGUUACUUUGGUUAAAAGCUUGAAGGGUAUCUUAUUUUCAGUUAAUAACUACGUCUUUACUAUCAAAUUCCAAACCAUACCAUUCUAAAAUUGGAUUGAGGGAGAAAACGGUUCCAUACGCUGCCAACGAGAAGCAACCGCCAUGAUGUUUUCAGGUAUUUUUCUGAUGUCCCUGUGGCCCUCAGGUAGGUUGAACAUGCGACCGUUUUUACAUUUAAAUGAUUCAAUCUUGGCUGAUUGAUGAAGAUAAUCUUAAAGACAACUCAUUAGUUUCACUGAGAACAUAGAGAAAAGGGUGAAAAGUAUGUAUACGUAUGUAUACGUUUAAUAAACACGGUAACCGGGGAAGCAAAACUGUUAUACUGGACUUACGCCUACGCAACUCACGAAAUAUUAAAGUCAAAGCUGUAAUUUAAUGUCUUGCUGGCGUAAUUUAAGCGCGAAACACGGAAUCAAAAUCAACUGAUGGAUGAUGUACAGAAAUAUUAAGAGAGUUGAGGACCUUAUUCUAUUUCGAUUCAGGGUAACCAUCUGCUAGUUUGAAGGUGAAAGUAACGAGAGUAUUCAGUGUUCUCUCCGAAGCAGAUACAAGCAAAUCGUAUAUCUUGGUCAAGUCUGGAUACAUUUUGAAUUGUCCACUCCAUGAGACCCACUGUAGAAACAUAAAAAACUGAGACAGCUACGGCUUUUAAAAAAAGAAACUGACUGAGCGCUAUGUAUUACAUCUUUGAAGCGGGUGGUAGCUGUGCUUGUGGCAGAAAUCUGCCACAAGACGUGUCAUGAAUUAUCAAACGGAGAUUAUUCCUCACGAAAUAAUUUCAACAUUCCCUUUUGUUGCUACCGAAAAAAUAUGCAAAUACUCAAGAACGAAAUCCAAACUUAAAUUCUGAGAACUACCCAUAUCAUUUCCUCCCAGAAAGCUGUUUACAAACAUCCUGUAUUUCUGAGAACUGUUGCGGAACAAAAUGUGCAUAUCAUUAAAUGUCUCUAUAUGAAAGGGGUCAAUCUGUUGAAAAAUCAGGAAUCUUGGAACCACAAAGGAGAUGGAAUAGGCGAAAACAGUGAAAACGCAGUAGCCCAAUUUCGAUAUAUUUCAGCGUGAGAGCUGGUAGUGAAACUUCAACACCGAAGCGAGGCUCCGUGGAACAAAAUUCAUUUGAAUCGAGCUUUGGUUGCUUUUAACUUCGAGGUUAAACUGCUUUCUUGGAUGAUUAUCGUUUUUUCAGUAUAAAGUCGUAGUUUCUUCGAGUUAACAGUAAAUCGAAAUAAUCAUCGUGGACAUGGCCACGUCGGAAGAAGAGGGUGAGAGGAAUCUACAAUACUUCAGCGUCAAAAGUUGCCUUGGUUGCGAACCUUCCUUCAAGAAAGAGGGUUACAAAAAUCCUUGGAAGGAAAGUGCAAAGAAAGGCCGAGUUGGUUGAGCUGGCGUUUAAGGAGCAACUUCAGAAUACCCGGCCACUCAUUUACAUGUCACAUUUACCUAUCAGGUUCAACCAACAGAAAGAUCAAAGACGGUAUCCAGAAAGGACAGCUAUAAUGGUAUCAUUAUUUUAAAAAAUAACGGUGCAAUACGAGGUGCAUUUUGCCCAUGUCAAGGAGGGUAAGUACAUGCACAUUAUGUUUUUUUUAUUCUUUCUAAACAUCUUUCAAUGCUAAAACAUUUCAUCCUAUGGAUUUAUGUUUUUUUAGUAUUUAAGUUGAGUGUAAGGGAAAUAGUAUCAAAAGAUACUUAAAAAGCUACUAGAGGUAACAAAAGUUCUAACAGGUACAACAACUGUAAAGAAAAUGUCCCGUAACAUAAUUUUACUGAAUAUGUGCCAGUUAUGAUCUAUUACAAAAAUGGUGAUACAUGUAAUAAUACUUUUUUCCUUAUCUGAGACCUGUUCAGAUUUUCUCAGAGUAACAGAGAAUUUUACAGAAUAGUCUAGCCAUCAAAUUGCCUAUUACCUCUCUAUUUCUGGCCAAGUGUAGACUGUUCAGUUUUGAAUUAAUAUUUAUUUUAAUAGCCCUUUUAUUAAUCUACAUUGUAGGGCUGAUGGGACAUGUAGGCAUGUAGGCAUGCACUGGUAUUUGACAUUGAAAAUACUGUGCAUAAUAACCUGCAGCAGUCGUCAACUUCAAAAGAGUGCAAUUGGAAAUGAAGAGCCAAAUGAAAUGAAAAAUCUUGCUCUCUUGAAAAUUUGAUAAUAUUGAAGGCUGAGUAUGGCAAAACUGACAAGGAAACACUUAAGCCAACAGUUUUUGAUCCAAGGUCAACUGAACUUGACCCUGUGUCAUUUAUGGAUCAACUCAAAGCUGGUUUACAGGAACAUGCAUCAUCUGCAGUCAUUCUUCAAAUACUUCCACAGGUACCUGUGGAAGUAACUGAAGAAGAAGUUUUGGAAAUCGUUUCAAAUGGCCAGUGUCUUGAUCAUGAAGAGGAAAUGGUUGCUGUUGAAGUAAAUACAAUUUCUGAACUUUGAGAUGUAUUUCUCUUAUGAUAAUCAAAAGGAUUAGACAGCAGCAAAACCUUAGAUGUUACUGAAGAAAUAUGUCAUGAAUUUCUAUCAUUUAUUAAAAUUGACCAGUAUCGAGCAGAUAUGAUUUUUAAAAAGACCAAGUUGCAAGGGGACUGUGACUUUUAGAAAGAACAACAGUGGCAGAAUUACUGGCUCAAAUUUCUAUAAGAUUUGUCAUAUAAAGAAAAGUACCAGCCCAGACAAUAUUCUUAAAGACCUACUGGGAUAUUGCCCUCUUCCCUCUGAAGGCAGCCAAUACAAUUUGCAUGGGGACAUGAGAAAGAAGAAUCAGCUGUGGACCUCUACUGCAAAAAAACUGAAAAAGGUUCACAGGGAGCUGCAUGUUGUUGAAACUGGCCUCAUAAUUGACCUUGAGUUUUCCCAUUUAGGUUCUAGCCCUGAUAUAAUACGAGUCUGCCAGUGCUGUGGGAAAUGAGUGGUGAAAGUGAAAAGCUUGUAUUCUCUUUUGUUGAAUUUUGUACAAUAUUAACAGAAGCACCCUUUGAAAUUGUGGACAUUCCUAGAAGCUUUAUCAAUUGGUCUUAGAUGUCAUAAUUGUUCUUACCAUAACAUGCUAUAUUGUAUGUAUUUUGUAUGUAGUUUACAAUGAAAUUAUUUCUCUUUAGUUACGGUUAUGAAAUAGAUCACAUUUGAUACAUAUUUUUAACUGAAAAGGCUGAGGAAUAGUGCAAAGGUAACCAGCAAUACUGAGAUUGUGGACUUGUUUGUUUGCUUGCUUUGUUUUGUUUUGUUUGUUCUCCUCUUAGCUUGAAAGCCAAGCUGAAAUUUUAAUAAUUAAAAGUCACGAAAUCACGCUAAAUCACGAAAACAUAUAUAUUUCUCUGUUCAUUUUGCUAGUGUUGGUAAUAGAUUGCAAAUGGCAGCACAAAUGAUCACAAGCUAGUUAGCUAAUCUCACCAUUGAGAGUGGCAUGUUGCGUUGAAAGAUUUGGAAGUUUUUCAAUCUUUUGAUUCCACAUUCAACAUGUAUUCUGACUUUGGCAAUGCUUGAUGUUGUUGCCCUUGCUUUUCUGUACAGCUGUUUCCUUGUGAAACAACAAAAUAAAAAAAACUUAAAUGUAAGAAAUUAAAAUAAUGACAAUAUGACUAACAGUUCACCAGGUAAUUGUGCACAUUUGCUGCUGGAAAUGUAAACAAGGUAGUGGCUUGUGUUUAAGGGGGGUUCAGGGUUAGUUAACAAGGGAAGUUUUUUUUUCUGCUAGUAUGGUACGUAAAAAAUUUGCAAACCUACCCUUAGAAAAGGGAGGGAUGUUAAGUUUCACCCCUCUUCUUGUCAGGUCUCCUAUGUUGAAUCCCCUAUCUGCCAUUAAAUGGUCACCCUUCUCAAGAAGAUCAAUGAGACCACUCUCCUGGACAAUCGUCUUCCUGACCACAGUUUCAAGAUGAAAGUAAAAGCUCCACAAGGUGCAAUUGCGACCAAUUUAAGUGUAUUAUAUUGUUUGCACUCACUCCAUGAGGCCUUCUGUGCUCAUGGGGAUGUGGGCUUCUCAGUGAAAAACUCAGUUGCAUCAAUGAUCACUCUUGUGUCAGGGUGUUUUUUUGAAAGAAUUUGGAAACUGUCGCUUGACCUCUUCACGGGCUAGCCAGCGAAGUAGGGUACCAUCAAAAACUUUUGCUAGCAAGCAUACCCACAUUGUCACAAUCUUACAAACCCAAACGCAGUCCGCAAAGUACCAAGAGACACUCUUCUUUCUCAGAAAGAUGUCACUGUCUUCCAGACUCUUUUUUAGACACGUCAUUCUGAUGGUAUGACUUACCAUUCUUCUUUUUGUCCCAGUAUUUAAUUUUUUUAUGUAGGGUUGAAUUCACCCUAAGGUUGAAACAAGCAAGGUGUGGUAAGCCUAUAAAAAUUUAACAGAUUCAUUAUCCUUGAUCAUGUCUUCAGUGUUAAGUUCUCUUUUAAGAUCCUUUUGGUUUUCAAGUUUUUCGCUAAAAAUCUUAUUCUUCCUCCUGCACUCUUCCAGUUCAGAUACUAAGUAGUCUAUUUCGUCAGCUGUCAAGUCUGUUUGACAUGCCGUAGAACAUUUCCCUUUCGGAAGAAAAGUAUCAAAACCGUUCGUGUUUCUUUUCGGUAUUGCCUGUUCCUGACUGCAGAAGUACGACUGAUCGUGGUUUACUGAAGUCGCAUCAGCACUAAAAUCCCCGCGAGUCUCUAUGGAGUCCUUAACAUCGAGAUUUCUGGGACGAACCUUCCUGGCUUGCGGUUGUUCAUUACACUGUCUCUUCCUAUCGGCAAGACGCUUCGAACGCGAACUAACAGUAUUUAUAGAUUUCGUUGGGUCAAAGAUAGUCGAAUAGCAGUCUGAACGUGCACUUUUUCGAAAUUUCGAUGUUGCUUUCCUUAAAAUGCUGUGAACAGAUUCUUGGAUCACCGAGUGUCUUGAAUUUUUCAUGUGCUCGCUUACAGAAAACCUCCCACUUCUUACCCUCAUUGGGCCUUGUAGGAAAGCAAAAGUAACUUAGAUUCAGUCUUUUCUUAUUCCCAUUACGGCAAAGAGCAAAAGCACAAUACUUGAUAAUGAUACAUGCGAAAAUAACUGCAAUGGACCAAAAAAAAAAAAAACGCCGAGAAUUCCCGAUUUAUCAAACGCACAUGGCUUUCCUUGCAGUAUAUGCAGUGGUGCGUUUGUUUUCAUUAUUCGCGCCGUAUUCCCCAGAGCCUCCCUUCGGUGUUGGAGUUUCGUCACCAGUCUAUCAUGCUGAAAUAUAUCGAAAUUGCAUUGGGUUAUUACGAUUGCAAAACUGCUACAUAUAAGCAUAACGUAUUAUUCAAAAAGCAAUUUCUAUAGAGGGGAGAGAACUUGGAUUGGUGAAAUAAACAUUAAUGACAUAAGGGAAUACAGAACAAGGCUUCAACCAGUCUAUUGAAAGAGUUAUUAAACAGCUCACAUGAUCACUUUUGAGUCUGUCUUUAUGCGACAUUUCAUAUUCUUUUCGCUCAAUUUUCUCGCGACGAUUUUGUAGCAUUGUGCCAAGGAAGUUAUCCCAAAAUUGUUUCUGGACCAAGUGAUCCUCUGAUUGUCCAUAGCGAAGACAAAGUUACGUUUAAUUGGACGCUUGGGUUACCCCCCUCAGAGACAUGGAGCAGUAGCAUAUUCGAGGUGAUGUUUGGAAUCUGGAAAGAUCCAGGAUUCCUGAAAACAAAACUCUUGGUCAUCGAUAGACAUGGUGAGGUACUGAUAAGACCAAACUAUGAGAAGAAAAUUAGCUGCGACUUUAACAUGUCCAAGCUUCAAGUUGCAUUCAUACUCCAUAAUUUAACCAUGAAGGACGAGAAUCAUUACUGUCUUCAGGUUGAGCUUGGCCUUCAUCAGCCUCCAUUGACGGAUCCUGUGAUGCUACUUCUUGAGGGUAAUACAUUUGUUACAUUUCAUUUGCACAGGGAUGCCACACGCCUGGAAGUGGGGUGUACCUAGGUAAAUGUGUUCUGGGUAGGUGCCGCUGGCCACUAAGAGACUCUUGCCCAUAGUCAUUUAGCGGCCAAUUAUGGACCCCAACUUAGCCACUUUUAAGAAAAUGUAACUUUCGCGAUCCCAGUUUUGUAUCUACCUUAUAAAGCCUUUUAAGGAGGUCAUUAUAACAUAAAUUGACACAUAUCCUCACUUACCAGAAUCUUCUCACCCCUAAAAUUCCAGAAAUGCGCGACCCUAUUCUAAUGACUAUUAAAAAUAUCACCCAGUUUUGGUCAAUCGAGUCGUGACAAUGUGAGUCCAUCCCGCGGCACAUUCCCAUUAGCUUAUAGCUAGAAAGUGCUCCUCCCCCCUCCCCCCCCCAGGAGCCACAGAUUGCUCCCUCAUCCUAUCACAUCAUCGUCUCCUGGCUGCAAAGUGCAUGGAUUUUGCCAUGACUUUAUAGACAUACGUUCUUCCUUGAUUCACAUAUGCAAAUGAAAAUAUCUACUCGUUUGACCAAUAUUAGAGAGAAAUCUUAAAUUGGUCUCAAUUACCUUCUAGAUCUGUUGUAUUAACGAUGUGAAGCCUUACACAGAACUUACGAUGUAAAAUACGUACAAGGUGUGGUCAGUCACAAACGAGACAAAAAAUUGGCUUUCCUUCUCUGAGAUUCAUUUCUGAUUUAGAAAAACCUAAACCUCAAAUAUCUAAACAGGUCCUCCUAAGAUAACCAGUCCCAAACAGGAAAACUUUUCCGUGAACAUUGGAAACAACUUGCAAAUAAACAGCCAAGCAAAGGGUCUUCCUGCACCGACCAUAAUAUGGACGAAACAGGGGCGAAUUGUUGGUAAUGAUACAUUGGUUCUAAAUGGAGUAACGCUAAACGACAGCGGAGUCUACCUGUGCAGAGCUUACAACCAGGUUGGUGAAGACCAUAAAGAGAUUGUGGUUACAGUUUUGGAGCAUAAUUAUGGAUCACGAAAGCUAACAGGUAAUUUGUUUGUCGAAUUAAAUACACAUGAACUAGAUUGCUGAUGCAGAUACUUAUGUUACUGAUUGAAUUUUCAUUUCCAGAGCGUUUCAGAGGCGCGCCCUGUGUUAAGCGAUUUAAAAAUAGCAAACACUCCCCCACCAGAAGCCCAAUGGGAUCGUUACCUAUUCAAGUAGUUAGUUUCUCUGAUUUUUUAAGCCAAGGAUCUCCUUCGCGCAAGUCAUGUUAUCAACCACAUCAUUGUCCCUGUAAUCUUAAGCAGUUCACGUUACUCUAUCAAGAUCUUACAAUUUGAUAUCUUCUUCUAGUAUCGUUCACUGGUUCGAUUAGCUUUUUUAUACGUUAAAAAAAAGUUUUCAAUUUUCUGAAUUGGCCAAGCCACUCGUCCGCAAGUUAAUUACAGACAGAUUGAUAACCGAAGUGGCCUCUCCUGGCCUGUCCUCCAGUAUUUCAGGUCUCAUGCUGUUAAAUUUGUAUAAAUAUCACUUGAACUGAUGUUGCUCAUAAACGAUGACGACGAUUAAAGUGUUUUUCUAACUUUUUUUCCAGUUCCUCAUAUGCCAACACAAACAUCACAUGAUAGAGGAAGCCCUGUGUGGUUAUUCCCAGUAGUCAUAGGUGUGUCAGUUUUUUCAAUAGCCGCAGUGGUCGUCUUUCGCUCGCGUGCGCACCAUUGCAAAAGGAAUCUCGCUUAUGAGCAGCACAUUGAUGAAUAAGCAUUAGGUGAGCACUCCACAACUGCCAAGAUCGAGCCUAGAGCCAAUGAGGAGGCUUCGGGUUAGUGACUUAAAGACAAUAGAACGGCGGGCAAACAGGAAACAGAGUAUACCUUGAUCAUACUCUAUCAUGAAAUGCACCAUUUGCUGGUAUACCGAAAUGAUAGCAAAAGCAGCGAUACAAUUUCUCCAAUUUUUUCUCUUUCUUAGCUACCUGCCGGUUUCUACUCUAAGCCUCUAAAUUGUCUCCACUGACCCGAUAGUUCUCAUAAGUUAUAAAUAAAACUUGCGUUAUUGUAGUACAAUGUAAGUCUGCUUUCAAAUAACUUCUAAGGAAAAAAAGAAAACUUUAAAACAGAUCAAUUCUUGUUAUUGACGAGAGAGAAUUUUCUCAUGGAGAAAAUGAGAAAUGAGUUACUUCGACAAAAACCAUCUAUUAGUCUUUGAAUAACAAUCUGACGCACCCAUUUGAUGAGUGCAUCGGUACUCAAAAUCCUUUGUUUUACAACGUUAGUUCGGAGCACAACCCAAUCACUGAAAAAAAUUCCAAGAACUUGCAACUGAAGAGUUUGUUACCGUAAGUGGCACGGAAUGGCUUCGUAGGAGAGAACUUUUUUAAAAAUUGAAACCUAUGAUCUGGCCUAAUGUUAGUAAAUACAGCAAGAAUGCAAUUUGCUGCGCUAUAUGUAUAAAUAUUCUUGUUUCAAAAGUAACACUUUUCAACGACACGUUUCCUCGUAUAAGAUGCAAAACAUUUGCCUUUUUAGCAUGGUCGAUUGUACUAAAUGGUAGACAAUGGAUUCCGUACAAAACUAUCAAAGCAACUUAAUCAAAUGUAAUGUGCCUUUUCGGCUCUUUUAGAAAUGUUUAUGAGCUCAAUCCUGUCGUUUCAGUGGACCAUCACGAAAACGGAAAGAGCCUUUAAAGCAAUAAAGGAAGCUACAUGCAGGUCAAUUACAAUAUCAUUUGGCCCGACAACCAACCCUUGUAAUAAUCUCCAUUUUAAUUAAUAAACAC